UUGUUCAGUUGUUUCAGUUGCAACACUCACCUAUAAAAGCAGACGACACAAAAGGAUAUUCGUUCAUUCAGUUCAGUCGACUUCAGUGAAGAGGUGCUCCACAGGUGUUACAGUUACACAGUUACAGUGAAGUGAAGACAACUCGAGGCGAUUUAAGCAGACGAGUGUGACAAUUGGCUAAAACGGAAACGCAAACUCUGCUUUCUGUUCCAGUAUAUUAACCUGUCAACUACUUGACAGACCGGCGCUCUACGUCAACUCUUUACCGCCUCAGAACUCAAGACCACUUCAAUGACCGAAAUGUAUCCCACAAAGUCGCUUCACAUUUGCUUUUUGUUAUUGGCAACAUGCACGUUGUUGGCGCAUUGUGCGCUUGAAUCGGCAACAGGCACAGAUCAAUUUUCCGAUAAUUCUGAAGACAAAAAUGAAGAUGCACUCACUGUUCAUAAACGUCCUUCAUUCUUUGUGGGUAGUCGCUAUGGCAGAUCUGGAGCCUUUGCAUCUUCGGCAAAAAUGCGACGUUUAAAUGUAGUGCCUCGUAAUGACAGAUUCUUCUUGGGCUCACGGUACGGCAAGCGUACAAAUGAAUUUGCAGCCCCUUACGAACAGAAUGGUAUGGAUAAUAUUCCGGCGGGAGUAGCAACUGCAAUUGGUAAUAACAACUCAAAUUUUGAUGACAACUCAGCAGCACCGUUCAUGAUGUCAUGCAUCUACACAGGAUUGAAGAAUUACUAUCGCUGCAAUAGCAUCGAAGAACUUAAUAAUAUUGUUAACCAGUUGACAAACAAUCAAAACGAUGACGAAGGCAAAUAAAUUUAUACGGAUAGAUGGCGUACAAACGGUGAAAUGAAAACAAUAUACAAUAAUGUCAUAACCUACGAGAAAUAUAAUUUGUAACUCUUA